AUGACCUAUCCCAGUGGGAUCCCGAAUCCUCGUUUAGGCAUAUGCUUACUGGCACCUGCCCAACGAAUCGAGGUGUUCCAGGGUGUUCCGGCAUUCCAUUACGCUCCAAAGGACGUAACGGCUGCGGUGACCUUCCUUGUUUGGGACGUUCUCAUAACUCUACGAGAUGAGGUUACCUACAUCUGGCCGUCCACCCAAUUCUACGGAGCGCCUCUCCCUCUCACCUACUCCUUCCACGGGUGUUAUAUUUGGAACGUAUAUCAAGGAUUGUCAUCCAUACUCGUCAUUGCGGCUGUGGACUACAUCCUCAUUCUUCGAGUGCACGCCAUGUAUCCUCGCAACAAACCUGUCAGAUAUAUAUCCUCACUUCUCUACGUCGCAGAGCUCGUGAUGAUGAGCGUUGGAAUCGGCCUGGCCGUUCCUCAACUGAAGUACGACGAGCGAUGCGUGGUAUCGGAGUCCCCUAUCGUAUUCACCGCGGCAGCAGCCGUUCGCGCGGGGUGGGGCCACGUUCCCAUCGUCCAGCUUCUUCUCAGGGACGGCACCUGGGCAUUUGGCCUUCUAUUCGUCGUGUUAACCUGUGAAGCACUGCUUUACGGCUUCGCGGCUGGAGCUUACACGGGGUUUCUCUAUGGGUGGCUCAACACAGCAUUCUCAAUAUGCGGCUACCGGAUAAUCCUCAACAUCCACAGCACCGUAUCACGAACCAGAGACGAGUCCAACGACAAUGACAUCCAAUUCACCUCCAAUAUCUGUACAAGUAUACCAACUACCACAUACACCAGUGGUCACCCAGAAUACCUCCCAAUGACGGCGACGGCGACCGCACACUCCUCCGCUCACUGA